GCGGCGGCGGCAGAAUGUUGGCUACCAGAGUGUUUAGCCUGGUUGGCAGGCGGGCGCUUUCCACCUCAGUUUGCGUGCGAGCUCAUGCACAUGGAAGCGUCGUGAAGAGCGAUGACUAUGCUUUCCCGAGUUACGUUGAUCGGCGUGACUACCCCUUGCCUGAUGUGGCCCAUGUCAGGCAGCUGUCUGCCAGCCAGAAAGCUUUGAAAGAGAAGGAGAAGGCUUCCUGGAGCAACCUCUCCAUGGAUGAGAAAGUCGAGUGUGGGUAUUGCGGGGACUGUGGGCACUGUGUGUGUGUGUGUGCACACAUGUCAGUGUACGGCCCCGUCCCACACACCUUUGAUCCUGACUGGGUGGCCAAGCAGACCAAGAAGAUGCUUGACAUGAAGGUCAACCCCAUCCAGGGCUUCGCCGCCAAGUGGGACUACGAGAAGCAGGAGUGGAAGAAGUGAGGCCCCGCCGCCCACUCCCCUCGCUCAUCACCUCCAUGCAGCUGGGCACAUCUACUGGAAUCCGGUUAUCAACACCAAUACUAAUAAAUGACUAGUUUACGUGAA